ACAAUGUGGGCUGGGGGCCAAUCCCUGCUCUUGAUCGCUGAAGGGUCAAUCAGGAGUAGUGUGGCUAACAUCAGCUCAGAGCCAGGGCUGGGAUGUCCUGGCUUUACCAUGUGAUGAGGGGCUCAGAACCUUCUGCCACAUGUGUUGUGGAGGAAGCCUGCAGCUUGGACUGGAGCGAGCAGCAGAGAGAACAGCUUUCAGUCUGGGAGGAGAGCUGGGUGGCAUUCAGGUCUCUGCAGCCUCUUGUGUGGGGCCAGGGAGCAACGAGCUCAGACGCAGAUGUGAGCUGAUCACGGCGGUGAGGGAAGGACAGAGAUGCACUGGGACACCUGCCAUGGUUCCCCCUUGUCCUGGUCCAGCCAGCCACGCUGCCUCCUCCCGGGACCCAGGUUCGUCCCUGCGAGCGCUGGGAGAUCAGCCUCCAUUGCCCAGCAGAUUCAUGCUUCACCCGCUGGGCCGCAGGACGUGCCCUCACUGGGAGCUGCUGGCUCAGGUUGACCGGAGUCCCACUUCCCCCGUCCCUGCGAGCUGUGCUCUCUACAACCGGCCCCUGAAUACAGUCCCUCUGGUGCAGCCCCGGGCUCAGGUGAUGGCGAGGCCCACACCUCCCGCCACAGGAAGUCACUAUGUCUACCCCACGGCCAGGCCUGCACCUGCAUUGUCCCAGGUGGAUCACAGCUGUACGCCUCCUUUCUCCACCAGCUGGGGCUUCUACUCCAGGGAUCAGAGCUUGUCCCCUCCCUGGGAGCCCAUGGAGCGAGCUAAGCAGAGCCCUGUGCUGCCUGUGCCCAGAUGCUACGCGGUGUACUCCAUGGACAGGAGCUCAGGGCCUUACGUGGCCCACGGGGCUCCAGCUGGCCAGAGUCCUGCUCCACCUGUGCCCAGGACUUACGCCAUUUACUCCCUCGAGCGGACCUUGUUCUCUCACCUGGACCCCUCGGUACAGCCUGGGCUGGGAUCCUCUUCUGUCCCCGUCAGCUGCGCUGUUUACUCCAUGGACAGCUCGUCUCCCAGCCCAGCCCCGCUAGCUCAGCCUGUUCCUGACUCCCCUCUAUUCCCACCACUUCUGCUGGCGGUGUACUCUGCGGGCCAGAGGUGCUGUCGUCCUCAUCUGGAGCUGCUCUCACAGAUUGACCGCAGCUGCACUCCCCCGGUCCCAGCCAGCUGUGCUGUCUUCUCUCGGGACGCUCCACUCAACCCUUUGCCUGGAUGGCUCACGCCAAGCAGUUAGCCCCGGGGGCCGUGCUGGCUAAUCACCGGAGCAGCAACCCAUCAGUUCCAUUCCUCCGACUCAUCAGGCUUCCUGCCCAGGCCUCCCCUGGCAUUGUGGCACCAUGCACAACCUGCAGUUCCCUGCCCAGAGGGAGUUUCCUCGCUGCCCCCUGGCACAAUUCUCCUGCUUCAAUCUCAUCACCUCAGAAUAAAGCAAGAGCAGCUCACAAGUGGGCUCCACCACCUCUCGGGUGUUCUUGGUCUCCCACAGGGUGCCGGCAGAGCCCCUGCUGGAUCCUAAGAUCCUAGUGAUCCACAGAACAGGGCAGCCCAAGGAACUGGGCAAACAACGCAAGUUUUCUGCCCCCUCACUGUUCUUAUAAUGGCCUCAUCCCAACCUGGCGUGGCCACAAGAGGGUCAUGCUGUCACCAGGUCCCGGUCAGUCCUUGGACAUCUUGGCUGGGAAGUGCCAGGUGUGCCGUGGGGUCAGUGAUGUGACUGCCUGGCUCUCAGAGAUAAAUAGGACUUGGAGGUAUUACCAUGUUUCACCCAGGGCCCCAAAUGCAGAGCAGCUAGGGGUGACAGUGGGCUUGACUGCCCAGGGCUGGAUUUCAAACAAUGGCCUAAGGGGGAAAAGGUUCCCUAAGCUAGCGAGGCCCUGGGAUUCUCACCAUUAACAGAGGGCUGGGUUCCAACCCUCCAACACACCUGCCGUAAUAUCUGCCCCCACAUGGCGUCCCAUCAGGCUGACUGGCCCAGAAUGCUUUGCCAGUCCCGUAUGCCUCAGGCGGCUCCCUUGUCAGAGGUGUUACAGUAGCCCAGGAAGCCACGUAACGUGGUCGCUUCCCACUGGCAGAGUGCCCCGAGAAAGUUAUGGCAGGAGGGGAAAAUGGGGAAGGGAGGAGUGUGAGAACAGAGGAGACCUCCGGGAAGGAGGAGAACUAGGGGCAGGGCCAGUGGAUGGGCUAAAAUAACAGAGAUUUGGUAAGUUUCUAGGUGAACCGUUGUCCUCUACUCGAUUGAAACAACAGCCCAGUGGAGAUCAUAGACCAUGUACUGCUAGCCAUGAACAAAUGGUGAUUCUCCCUUAAUUUGAGUGGAGGUGUGGGGCCAGGGGCAUGAUUUUAGAGCAAAUAGGCCUGAGGUCUAACAGUGCUGCAGCUGUGAAGUUUCAAGCAGCCGCAGUGACCUCUCUGCAAUUACUUGCUAGCAACAGAUCCACUGCAGUCAAACUUUUGCCCCCCAAAUAGCUCAAGCACCGAAGCUGCGUGAGACAUCACAAAUGUUUGAGUGUCUUUUUGGUACCUUUGCACAGCUUAGGGCCGAUCUGGACACAGGUUUUGUACUGGUUUGUGGAUGGUAGGGCCAGGUAACUGAUAGGAACAAGCAGUCGCAACAUUAGCACCCAUAAAGCAGCGUGGC